UGUUACCUGAACGCAGCACCGCUGACGAGCCUUCCAAGUAAACAGCUGCUGCGUUCUGUCAGCGACACCUCGGCGUCGAACAGCAUGGAGGCAAGACUUCCACCCUGAAGGACCUUCGUCUACUCGGCUUAUGUCCCCCGGAUGUGUCUGCUUGGCCCCAAGAAGAUGCUGUGCCUUAAAGCCCACUUUGGCCAAACACUUGUUAGCAAUAGCGAACAGCGGCUGCUAACGCUAGCUUAGCUCGGCUAACUUGCUCGCACGCCGGCGGGUUUUUUUAUUUGCUUUAUUUUGCUGUCAACAUGGCGCACAUUCACUACAAGUUCUCCUCCAAGCUCAGCUACGCCACGCUGCUGUUCGACGGGCCGCACAUCUCCCUGGCCGACCUGAAGGAGCAGAUUAUGGGCAGGGAGAAGCUGCGAGCCGGCUGCGACCUGCAGAUCACCAACGCGCAAACCAAAGAAGAGUACACAGAGGAGGGAGGUCUCAUCCCCAAAGGAUCUUCCGUGAUUGUCCGGAGGGUCCCUGGAGUCCGGAGUGGUCCAGUGAAGAAGACUCUCAACAUUGAGAGAUUAGAUGUCCACAGUCACCACAACUCUGGAAACAUCAGAGCAAUGGACGACCACAGCUCCACCAACGCUUUGCCUUUCUUCUCCAAGAUGGUGAACCUGGCAGCUGCCGACGUGCCGGAAGAUGAGAAGAUCAAAGUGAUGAUGAACCAGUCCUCGUACGACCCCACGCUAUACAACAAGACGUUUGGUGCGCCGCUGCCUGCGAACUACACUUGUUACCGCUGUGGCAACACAGGACAUCACAUCAGGCACUGUCCCACCAGCGGGGAUAAAAACUUUGAAGCUCCUCCGAAGAUGAAGAAGAGCACGGGCAUCCCUCGUUCCUUCAUGGUUGAGGUGAACGACCCGACCACCAGGGGGGCCAUGCUGACCAACUGUGGACGUUACGCAAUCCCUGCCAUUGAUGCUGAGGCGUACGCCGUGGGCAAGAAGGAGAAGCAUCCGUUUAUCCACCAAGAGCCUCAGCCAGAGGAGGAGAAAGAAGCUGUGCCUGAAGAACUUCAGUGUCUGAUCUGUGGUGACCUGCUGGUGGACGCCGUGGUCAUUCCCUGCUGCGGGAACAGUUACUGCGACGACUGUAUUCGCACCGCCCUGCUUGAGUCCGAGGGACACGUCUGUCCCACCUGCAACCUAGCGGACGUCUCCCCCGACUCGUUGAUCACCAAUAAAUUCCUCAGACAGGCUGUGAAUAACUUUAAGAAGGAGAAAGGCUACAGCAGAAGUCUGGGAAGGACGUCUGCCGCUCCCCAGUCCCUGGGUGCCGCGCCAACACCUAGUCCUGUGCCCCACAAGAUCCACCUACUGAACAACAGACUGCAGUCUGAGAUCAGCCAGCCUGGAGCUCAUUCGGCAGUCAGCCUACCAGACCAGCUACCUUCCAAUGAAAGAGAAACAAAGACACAAGAUCCUUUGGUCCCUUCUGUGCUGCCGUCAAACCAAGCUUCCACGCCUGUUCACACCGACCCCAAGCAGCACACAGGUCCAGGCCCAGGCAGCAUGUACAGCAGCUCCUCCUCGUCCUCAGUUUGUCCCACUGGACUCCCCGCUGAACCCCCCUCCUCCUCCCACCCACCUGCUCUGCCUCCUCUGUUCUCCAGCCACCACUUCCAUCCCUUCCACCCAGGUCAGCGACACCCAAGUCAUCCCAGCUGGACUCAGCCGAGCCCUCAGGUGCCCCACAUGCCUCCCCUCCUGCCCUCCUCCAUGCCGCCCCUCACCCAGAGGGACAGGUUCAGUCAUCAGCACCAGGAGAGAGAAAGGUCUCCGCAUGCACGGUCCUCCCGCAGACAUUCCUCUCGUUCCAAGUCCAAAUCCUCUCGCUCUUCUAGCAGAUCCAGUCGAUCCCGGUCCAGAUCCCAUGGUAGAUCUAGGCCCAGGUCCCCGUACUCCCGGCACAAAGUCCCGCACAGUCGCUCCUACAGUUACGGUUAUAAGAGGUCCCGCUCGCCCACGCCGUCCUCCUCAUCUUCACCCCGCCAGGGCUCCCAAUCCGAGCGCAGACACCGCCAUCACAGCAAAAGGUCUUCUCACAGCAGCCACAAAUCCAGUAGACAAGCAGACCGCUCACCGUUGCCGGGGAGGACGACGUGCGACCCCGGGCGGCGUCACGCCAGCCUGGACGCUGAGGGCGAUCACUACCAGCAGUGGAAGCUCCAGUACAAGGAGUGGUAUGAGAAGUACUGCAGCAGCUACGUAAGCCACUACCACCACCUGCCGCCUCCGCUCCUCUCCCUUCCUCCUCCCCCGAAUCCAAUGUGGGCGGAGCAAGCGGAGAACCAAGCCGGCCGCGGGUUGGACGCCUCUGCAGCGUACCGCCGCUCCCCUCCAUCCCAGUCGUCCAGCGAGAGUCGCUCUCUACACUCUGCCUCAUCCAGUCGCUCUCCACCGUCUGCCUCUUCCAGCGACUGCAGCUCACCGCCGUCUGAAGGCUCCGCUCCUCGGCGGGGGAGUACCGAGAAGGACCGCCACGCACAAUUCAAAGGCGAGCGCAAGAGGAAGAACGAAGACAAAAAGAUGUGUUCUGCGGACGCCACGGUCAGGAAGGAGAAGAAGAAACGUUGCACCGAGUCGAUGGCGGCCAGCGACCAAAUUGACCUGCGAGCUGAGGGAAAGGAGGAAGAAAAAAGUAGAGGAGGUGCAAAGAAAAGUAGAAGAGGCCAGGAUGAGGAGAGACGCCGCAGCAAAGGGGAGAAAGACUCACACUCUGAGGGUGGACGGAGAGAACGGGAGGACCAGAAGAAAAGGAACAGAGAGAGUGGCGGAAAGAAAGCACUUCCUGUCAAAACCAUGGACAUCUGGCAGGCGGGAAUGAAAGUGAAACCGCAGAAGAAAAUUAGCAUCAACAUCAAUCUGGACGGAAAGAAGCCCGCAGAAAAAAGUCAAAUACGGCAAUUGUCUCCUUCUGAGAGGACGGUGGAGAAACCCCAGGAAGACAAAGAGGUGAUGGAAGAUGGUGACACGUCACAGUCAAACAUUCCAGACGCUGAACCAGAAAGCAAAGCGGUGGGAGAAGAUGACGAAGAUGUCCCCUUGUCACUGGAGCAGGAGGAAGAAUCCACUGUGGGACAGAAAGAACAUGGUGACACGUCACAGGGAAACAUUCCAGACUCUGAACAUCAGCAAGAGUCUGAAACAGACCGAGAAAGCAAACAAGUGAAAAAAGAUGAAAACAAGGUAGAAGAUGUCAUGUCUCUGGAGCAGGAGGAACCUACAACUGAGGAAGAAAUACAUGUGGAGAAAAACAGCCAAGAGGAGGACAUGACUGAAGAUGGUGACAAGUUGGAGGCACAACCUUCAGAAAGUGAACAAGAAUGCAAAGCAGUAGAAAAAAAUUAUGAAGAUAUCGCCAUGCCACUGGAGCAGGAGGAACCUACAGCUGAGGAAGAAAUACAUGUGAAGAAUAUAAGCCAAGAGCAGGACGUAACUGAAGAUGGUGACAAGUUGGAGGCACAACGUUCAGAAAGUGAACAAGAAUGCAAAGUAGUAGAAAAAAAUUAUGAAGAUAUCACCAUGCCACUGGAGCAGGAGGAACCUACAGCUGAGGAAGAAAUACAUGUGAAGAAAAUAAGCCAAGAGCAGGAUGUGACUGAAGAUGGUGACAAGUUGGAGGCAGAACCUUCAGAAAGUAAACAAGAAUCCAAAGCAGUAGAAAAAGAUUAUGAAGAUGUCAUCAUGCCACUGGAGCAGGAGGAACCUACAGCUGAGGAAGAAAUACAUGUGGAGAAAAUCAGCCAAGAGGAGGACGUGACUGAAGAUGGUGACAAGUUGGAGGCCAAGAUUCCAGACUCUGAACAUAAGCAAGAGACUCAAACCAACCAAGAAAGCAAACAAGUGAAAGAAGAUGAAAAUAAUUUAGAAGAGAUUAUCAUGUCUCUCGAUCAGGAGGAACUUACGGCUGACAAAGAAAUAAGUGCGCAGGACGUGACUGAAGAUGGUGAAAAGUUGGAAGCAGAACCUUCAGAAAGUGAACCAGAAAGCAAAGAGGUAGAAAAAGAGGAUGACGCUGUCACCUUGUCCCUGGAGCAGGAGGAACUUACAGCUGACAAAGAACUGAUUGUGGAAAACUGCAGCAAGGAGGAGAGGUUUCCACCUGAUGGAAAGCUGCAAGGAGCAGAGAGGACUCCAGAAGCUGAGAGAGCGGAUGAGAGCGUGAAAGAGGAGGAAGAGGACAGGAGUGAGACAAAGGGAGACCAAGAGUGUGUCACUACUGAAGAUGAGGAGCACACACAUGAGGAAAACUUGCCAGCAAACUGGAAAGAGGAAGUAAAGAUGAUGAUGAUCAGUCAUGAAGAAGAUGCUCUGAUGAGGACGUCACACUCCAGUGAAGAAGAAGAAGACAAAGCCGACAGCGGCACUUUCCCAGUGAACUGCAGAGGAAGUGAGGAGUUUGCAGAGGCAACGGUUGCCAUGACGACGCCCCCACGGCAACACCUGCGCCAAGAAGGCCUUGGCAUACGUGAAGUCGUGCAGGUUCCCUUCUUGCAGUACGAAAAAGAAGACGGUGAUGACGACCAACAGGAAGUUUUUUCAUCGUCGCAGAGUCUGGACCACAAGACCACCAUGGAAGGUGCUGAGAAAGCAAGUCCCUCUAGAGGUGUUGACAUCAGGGCCGAGGAGUGUUCAAGUCAUCUCUUGUCCAAUCAUCACGCUGACCAGGACACAGCACAGGAAGACGGACUCUCGCUUCUUCUCGGUGGAAACUCAGAGGAUCCAGCAAGUAUGGACCACCACCACGACCGACCUUCUCGCACUCACCCCUCUGGAAGGCCACAAGGACGCUCGGAGAAUAGCUGGUCCAGGAUCAGCGCCGCCAGUCUACCUCCAAGACCCUCUGUGAGCCGCAGGGCCGAGAGGUCGAGACCCAAAGCUGAGAGCCGGGAGGAGCAGUGGAGGAAGUACAAGCUGGAGAAGAUGCUGAAGGAGUCCCAGGAGGAGAAAGCGAGGAAGGAGGAAGACCAGGACCAAGGCGAGAGACGGGAGAGUAGUCUUUGCUCCUCAUCCGGUGUGAAGAUGAGCCAAGAUGUGAGGAGGACAAAGAAGCACCAGAAGGAGAAGAGUUCUUCCUUGGUGGUGAUUCCUCCAUGAACUUAUUGCACUUUAUUAUUCUUGAGAAUGAAUCAUGAAUCUAUGAUUGAACUGUCAUCACUGAAUGAAUGAUUAUUCAUCAUUCAUGUAUUCAUGCUGUGGGUUUUCUUAUUUCCACUUUUCGUUUGGGAAAAUAAUUACGGUACUUGCUGCUAUUGAGCUGACACAGCAUUUUUUUUUCUUCCUGUUUUGAAGGAAAUAAAAUAAAAGUUGAGAAAUAA